AUGGGUGAGGAUCACUUCAGAAAGGGAAGAGAUGUACCCCUAUAUCAAAGUAUAGUUGCUGGAUGUAUUUCAGGAAUUGGGGCAAGAACAGUGACUGCCCCACUUGACAUGAUCAAGAUAAGACUACAACUUCAGCCCGUUCACGAGGCCAAAUACAGAGGCAUAAUAUCCACUGUUGAAACUGUGAUACGUGAGGAGGGGAUUCGUGCAUUAUGGAAAGGUAAUGUUCCUGCAAUGAUCAUGUAUGUGCUGUAUGGAUCGGUGCAAUUCAGCUCAUACUCAACUUUUAACCGCUGGCUUAGUCGUUUGGAAUGGUCCCCUCAAAUUCACAGCUGCUUUGUGGGAGCUCUUGCAGGAAUGAGUAGCUCUAUAGUUACAUACCCUUUCGACGUUCUACGCACUAGAUUUGUGGCCAACAGAGAUCCUCAGAUGUUUACUCUUUUUAAGAGUUGUGGAGACAUUUGGCAGCAUGAAGGUUUGCGAGGGUUUUUCAGAGGAGUUUCAUCGUCUAUGCUUUCGAUCAGCUUAGCCACGUCAACAAUGUUUGCUACAUAUGAGACCAUUAAAAUCUUCUGUGAAGAGAGUGAGAAUCGCAAUUCUGUCGCCGUGAAGGUUCUUGAGAAAAGCGCAAGUAUGCUAGCUGGUAUUGCAUGCAAGACGAUCACUUUUCCCAUCGACACUGUGCGCAAACGUAUACAGGUGACAAAUUCUCGUCAUCUAGCGCAAUUCACCGCUUGCGAGGCCACGUACAAAUCGUAUAAAAACGUUUGGUUCGGAGAGCUUAUGCUCAAAGUUAUGAAAAAUGAAGGCUUUCUAGCACUCUACAGAGGUUAUAUACCUGCUGUGAUUAAAAGUGCUCCUACUACAGCUUUGAGCUUAUGGUUAUAUGAGUGGAGUUUACGAGCUAUGGGGAAGUAA